UCUAUAUAUGAUGUAGUUCGUGAAGUUACGUCCAUCUUGAAAAUUUCUUUCCUUCGUCGUUUCUCCUCACUGGCGCACGUGUGUAGAGACUCCAAGAUGUCGUCACACUUGACUUGGAUGAUAAUCCGUGACAACAAUGCCUUCCUUCUCAAGAAGCGCAACAUCAAUAAGCCGUUCUCUACGGAGUCCAACAACUUGACGAAUUUGAGCAGUUAUCGAUACUCUGGCUUGGUCCAUCGCAAAAGCGUAGGCAUUGUUGAUACUCCUGACAAAAAGGGAUUCACAGUUGUCUACAAGAAGGCUAAGGCAGUUAACAAGCCUGCUAAGGCUACGGUAAAGAGCACCAUGAAGGCUGGAGCACGUCGUUCCCUUCAUAAGCUGAAGUCUUUGCUUACAAAGAACAAGUAUCGUGUGGAUCUUACCAAAGCUGCGCUGCGACGAGCCAGUGCUGUGUUACGUUCUCAGAAACCUCUCCCUGCUAAGAAGACACGAACUACUAAAAAGCCGAUUAAUUUGUAUACUUUAUUAAAUACAUAUGUUUUAAAGUAAUU